AUGGCGCCUCACGCGGAAUCCACCGUCACCGGCAAAGCGAGCAACGGCGAGGAGGUGCCCGUCAACCCCGGGACCGCUCCUCUCGAGCCCGGCGUCGCCAAGAAGAUCGCCGAAGGCAAACAGUUGACCUUCCCGCGCCCGCCCAAGUUUGAAGACAAAUACGAAGAGCGGGAAUACCUCAAGGGCCGUCUCGCCGCCGCCUUCCGGAUCUUCGGGAAAUACGGUUUCGACGAAGGCGUCGCCGGCCACAUCACGAUGCGGGACCCGGUGGACCCGAAGUCCUUCUGGGUGAACCCCUUCGGCAAGGCCUUCUCGCUCAUCACCAAGUCCGAUCUGAUCCUCGUGGACCACAGCGGGGAGGUGAUCGACGGGGGCGAGUGCCGGCUGUUGAACACCGCCGCGUUCAUGAUCCACUCCGCCGUGCACGAGGCCCGGCCGGACGUCGUCUGUGCGGCCCACAGCCACUCGAUCUACGGACGGACGUGGUGCACGCUCGGCCGACCCCUGAAGACGCUCACCCAGGACUCCUGCGCGUUCCACGACGACCACGUGGUGUACGACUCGUUCAACGGGGUGGUGCUGGCGACCAAGGAGGGCCGGGACAUCGCGGCGUGCCUGGGCGGGCGGAAGGCGGCGCUGCUGCAGAACCACGGGCUGCUGACGGUGGGGCGCACGAUCGAGGAGGCCGUCUUCUGGUUCGUCUCGCUCGAGAAGUGCUGCCACUCUCAGCUCAUGGCCGAGGCCGCCGCCGGCUCCCGCGGCGAGCAGCCCGUCGAGAUCGGCGACGUCGAGGCCCGCUACACCCACCGCACCAUCGGCUCCAGCCAGGCCGGCUGGUUCUCGGGCGUGCCGCUGUUCGACGUCGUCCACAAGGAGACGGGCGGGGAUUAUCUUCUAUAG